AUGGAGGCGCUGAAAGUCUGCUUCCAGGUUGCGCUCGUUAUCGCACCCCACAUUGGUUACUGUGCGCAGCAUGCGGAAAUUCACCGCACCCAGUCGAUUGAAGGCUACUCCCCCGUGGUCUCUCUAAUCCUACUGACUAGCAACACACUGCGCAUUUACUAUUAUAUUGGCCACCACUUUCUUUUAGCCCUCCUCUUUCAGGCUAUCCUCGGCGUUGCUGUGCACGGGGUACUGCUGUGCAAGGUGCUGGAAGUGCACGUGCAGCAGCUGCUGGACGCCCGGGUCACGGACAUAUACGACGAGGACAGCGCCGCCGUUAUCGAGACUGCGGCAGAAGGGGCUCCAACAGUGGCACCGUCGUCUUCUGUGGCCGGCGCUGGCGGAGCGGCGGAAAGGCAAAACCGGGCAUUCGGCGACAGGGACGACACGGUCCCUUCACCAAAUACCGCCGCAGUGCCCGCUGCGGAUUGGCCGGCCUCGUCGAGCGCGGUGCGCCACGGGUACGAGGGCUCGGGCGACACGCCGCCAUCGCUUGCCGCAUCGGCUGACGUCGAGUGUGUGACUUCCAAGUUUCUGCAGGUUUUCUUCCGUAUUGAGGACUGUAUCGAAGCCAGCUUGCUUUGGAACACUCCGCCUCAGCUUGUUUACAACUACGUCAUCACCGCUGCCGCUGCGCUGGUGGCGGUGCUGCUCUAUUAUGGCUCCAUUGGCCGCGUCUGGAAGAACGCGGCCGAGGUGGUGGGGUAUACGGCGCUCGGCAUCGAGGCCCUACUCGUGCUCCCGCAGAUUCUCCGCAACGCUCGGCGGCGCAGCACCGAGGGCCUUACUAUGCUGCUCAUCCUCACGUGGGUGGGCGGUGAUGUUAUCAAGGUGCUUUACUUUCUCUAUGCAAAACAGGCACUGCCCUUUAUUGUGUGCGGCUGCUUCCAGGUCUUCCUGGACACUGUGGUGGUGGCACAGCUUGUGUACUACCGCUUGAUUGUGAAGCGGGAGAGCGAGGUGCUCAUUGAGGGCGACGACGGCGCGGGGGCAAUACCACAACUGUGCCGUGCCCACGGCGGACCCGUUUGA